UGACCGCACCUCCAGCGUGACCCGAAUCUCAAGCUGCGAUUCCCGACACCAUGGUCUCCCUCGCAGCCUCCGACCGGGCGACUACCCUCAUCAUCGCGCCCAGCAUAGGCGGCAGCCUCAAACGAAAGCACGAAGACUCGCCGUCCGACCACGAAAACAUACCCUCUAGCCCGACAAAGCGUCUCAAGGUGGCAUUCAACCCGGACGUCAAUGUUCAGAUACUCUCCGAGUGGCAAGAGAAGGACACGGAGCUCAUCAGAGAAGAGGUUCGCCGCGCAUUGGAGAAAAACGGCGACGGCGAUUCAUCCGGCGUCAACCAGCUGAACCAUCUCAUAUCAAUCCGGCCUACUGACGACGAUGCACCGUCGACUCCUCUGCUCCAGAAGUACAUCCUCGUCCUCACUGAGCAAGUCGGCUUGCUGGAUAGAGACUCUUCCGGACUUGUUCACGCCAUUCUGGAUUGCAGAUGGCUCAGCAGAAGCGAGCAAUUUGUCUCCACCUACAUAAGAUUCUUGGGAUGCUUGGUCUCCGCUAAGGCAGGUUACACGUCAAGUGUAUUGCAGAAACUAGUAGACUACUUCAUCAAACUACCAUCGCCCGCAAUCCGCCAUCAAGACGACCCCAGAGUACCGCGACGACGUAUACAUGCUCGAGUACACCAAUGCCUCAAAUACCUACUCCGACUCUUCCCUGCAGCUAGCCGAGAGCUUUCUGAUGUCCUAGGCUCGAACUUCCCAUUUUCUACCGACACUACCAAGGUGCAUGUGGACUAUAUCAAGAACCUUCUCAAGCUGGCUACAUAUGCUCCGGAACUAAAAGGCGAAAUCCUCGCUCUGGUUACUGAGCGACUCGUUAAGAUAGACGUGCAGAUACAGGUGGACAUGGAGGACUUUGAGGAUGACAUUGAGGAGAGCCUGAUCAAAGAUGUGAAGAAGAAGCAGAAUGCGGAAGAUUCGGAUGAGGAAGACGACGGAUCUGAUAGCGAGGAUUCGGACUCGAGCGAAGAAUCAUCCACGCCAGAAGAACGCCGCACCAAGGAAAUUAGAGAGUCUAUCGGCAAAAUGGAUGCCAUCCUCGAUAUACUCUUCGAGUACUACCACCCCAUUUUCGCAAAAGGCGACUUCUUCGAUAUCAACGAUACAUUCGAAUCUCUUCUCUCCCAGUUUGCCAAUAUUAUCCUACCGACAUACCGAUCCCGACACACUCAAUUCCUACUCUUUCAUUUCAGCCAAAGCUCCCCUGAACUCACCGGACGCUUCGCCGGUGCUUGCAGCCAUCUCGCUUUCGACAAAAACCGCCCUCAGAUUCUACGACUAGCCGCAGCCGCUUAUCUCGCUUCCUUCAUCUCCCGUGGCGCCCACGUCUCUAAGCAACUAGUUCGUGACGUGGUCGACCUGCUAGGCAGCCAUCUCAACAACCUUCGCGAAUCUCACGAGCGCCAGGCUCACCAGUACAGCGCCAUCGGACCCAAUCUCCGCCGCUAUGGCACAUACUACGGUAUCGCACAGGCGCUCCUUUACAUCUUCUGCUUCCGUUGGCGCGACUUGAUCGAAGAAGAUGACGAUUUGGAUGAAGACGUAUCGGACGGUCGCGAACAUGUUUGGCAUACCGGCAUUAAGGAAACCUUUUCAAGGAAUAUCUACUGCAAGCUGAAUCCGCUCAAGAUUUGCUCGCCGGUCAUCGUUGGGCAGUUCGCACGCGUUGCCCACCAUCUCCGCUUCCUCUACGUCUUUCCGCUGCUAGAAACGAACAAGCGGGUGAGGUUGUCGAGGGCGAUGGUUGGCGGUGGCGCGUAUGGCGGCUACGCGGAGCGAGAGACAGCACUGAGUGCUAAAAAGGGAGAAGACGGACUCCAGCUUGAUGCUUACUUUCCCUUCGACCCGUAUCUUCUACCUAAGAGUCGGAAAUGGCUGAUAGGAGAUUAUAUCGAGUGGAAAGACAUCGAUGCCUUUAAUGGAAUGAACGAUGAUGACGAAGACGAUGAGGAUGAGGAAGAUGGGGAAGACUCAGGGAGCGACUCUGAUUCCAAUCUCGGUGACCACGAAGACGGGGAUGUAGCAGAGGCGUACGAAGAGACGGCUACUGAGGCCAGCACAUGAUUGCGCUCUUCUAUUCUGUUUCUAUGGCAUUCUAAGCAUGUGCGCACUGUUGGUGCUUGGAACGAGGCGAUUUAGCGGCGGUUCUUCUACACAUGUUGAUGUUGUUCACAUACGGCGGUCACGAAAUUAUGGCGCAUUUGCAGGUUGCUAAGCAUAGGAUACGGCGUUGGCGACCGCUUGAGCUGGCAAGGAGUUCACAUAGCGAAGACCUGGUCAGGCAGCUGGACUGGGAGACCGGAAAAAGCAAAGUCAAUUAAUAAGUUUAAAUACUACUUCAUUUCACGUAGGCGGGCGGUAUUUGUGGUGAUCGGACUGCAGAUGCCCACGGCGGAAUUUGUAUGCAUGAGGCGCGCAAAACUUCACUCUAUCCAC